GGCAGAGAUGGGGGUGAAGGUGGAGGAGGUGGAGUCGCGAUUUGGAGCGAAAGUAGUCUCCCGGAGACUGAGAUCAGUGAGAGGAAGAAGUGGCAGUAUUUCAUAGCCUGACGUGGAAGUGGGACUUUCAUGUGAGUGGUGUUUAAAUCAGUUAUUUGAGAAGUGUAUGUCUGAUAUGCAGGGAGAUCACAUGAAUUUCUGAACGGCAAGACUCAAAAUCAUGAAAGAAAACAAGAAAUACGGGUGUCACUCGGAGUGCCUGACCUUGGAAGGUGUAGAACAUAAUUGAAUUGUGCUUCUCUUGUAUCGCAUCUUGUAAUGAAGUGAUGGUGAUCAAAAGUGAUCACAUCGUGUUACACAGUGGCAGUUAAAGGUCGUAAACAGCACAUGUUCGGGCUUGGCUCAGAACAGGUGGUGGUGCACCAGGAGGCUGUGCCGCAUCACCUGCCCACGGCCUUCUCCAGGUACUAUCUCAAGGUCACUUGCUUCUCCACUAACCCAAGGUAUGGUUCUGGUGUCAAUAACGUUGUACAUUGCAGUUUGAGGUGCAAGCCCAGGUACGUCAGAUUUUCCUGUGUGGGACUCGAGUUACCUUUGAGUUCACUUGUGAAGGUCGAUCGUGGUUAUUGUGGCAAAGGACCUCCUGGAAGAGGGUUGGGUGUGGGCAUCACCAAGUCUUACAGCAUCGAAAGCUCCGCACCCCCCAUACCACCACACCAUUUACACCACUACGCCUCUCACCUCCACCAGAAUGCCAGCAGUCAUGCCCGACGAGCACAGUUGCAGCAAGCAGUUUCACAGCCCAGUGGCGUUGGGCUUGGUGGCAGACGGCAGCCCCCUAGAGGGUCAGCUGCUGAUGAUAGUGGGAACCGCAACAGCAGAUGGAGGGGCAGUGGCUCCCAGGGCGCAGGACAGGGUUAUGAACUUUCCCAAGAUUUGGCUGACAUGCGGCUGGAAAUGCUUGAGAGGAGAUAUGGUGGUGCUGUAGCCAGACGUGCAGCCAUUACUAUACAGCGAGCAUACAGACACUAUGCCAUGUAUAAGAAAUUCCGCUCCAUCACAGCCACUGCAAAAGCGCAGGAGAAGAGACUGUCUCGAAGGUUUACUGUUGAUGUCCCUGAAUGGAGUGAACCUGGGCAACAUUGCCACGAUGCUGAGCAUAUUAUACGAUCCGAGUUUGAUCAGUUACAGAGGAAUUUAAGUGCUGCAGUCUAUGGUGAAGGAAGGCGACCAGCACGCUCACUAUCAAUGCGAGACAGCCCACGAACGUCUGCAACUGGCAGUGUCACAACGACAGCUGCAACUACCCGACCCCAGCAAGAUGAUAAUUAUGACUUACAUGACACCAUAGCUUCCAUGAGUGACAGUUCAUUAUAUUGUCAUGUGUCUGCGCAGUCUCCGCUGACUCCUACGACAACAGUAACCCCAUCCCACACCCAUGCACGAAAUGGCUCUGGCGACUAUCAGCAGCAGCAGACAGAUCUGGGUUUAUAUGCCUCAGCCAAGGAACUCAAGUAUUUUUCCUCAGAGGACAGUGGUCUUGGAAGUCAGGAUAGUGCAAGCUUGGGAAGAGGAAAUAUUUCUCAGAGAGGUGGACGGCCAGGUGCUAAAAAAGUUCCUCCAGAAGUACCAAGGAGAUCAUCAUCAAUUAAGUCCAGUGAGAGUGGUGGCAGCAUUGAUAGCACUGCCGUAUUGUCCACUGCAAAUCAUAGAGUUCAUUGCCACCCUCCAUCCCUGACACCUCCAUCUUCUACACCAUCCUCACUUACAUCAGAAGGUGGACACAGUGAGAGAGGAGCUCUCAGAAGGUCAGCAGAUAAUGGGUCAAUGUCCAGUGUGCAGUCAUCAGGUUCUGACUCUUCCCUUUCCCAGUCCAACUCUGAUCGUGCUACUCCAUUGUCAACUCAUGAUCAGGUUGAUAAUUCUGACUAUCAUCCCACUUCACCAAUAUGGAAACGCAAAAAUCAACAGAUGAGCACAAGCGAAGUGAUUUAUGAUGAUAAGAGGCUGAGCAACAUCAGUGAAAAUUCAGAAGAUUCACUUCAGUCCCAUUCCUCUGAGGGAAUGACUUACUCCCAAACUAUACCCUCACAGAUUCCACACUCAGCACGCUACGCCAAUGCUCAUUUCAAUCACACUCCUCAUUUACCCAAGGUACCAGAAGUAGUCAGAAAGCGGCAAUAUAGAGUGGGCUUAAACUUAUUCAAUAAGAAACCAGAGAAAGGUAUUACCUAUUUAAUAGGUCGAGGUUUCUUAGAGAAUUCUUCACAAGCAGUAGCAAAGUUCCUUCUAACUCGGAAAGGUCUUAGUAAACAGAUGAUUGGAGAAUAUCUGGGCAAUCUCCAAAACAACUUUAAUAUGGCUGUGCUUGAAUGUUUUGCACAAGAAAUUGAUUUGUCUGGAAUGCAAGUAGAUGUUGCCCUCAGAAAGUUCCAGACGCACUUUCGUAUGCCAGGCGAGGCACAAAAAAUUGAACGUCUUGUUCAGGUGUUUGCGCAGCGGUAUUGCCAGUGUAACAGAGAUAUUGUUGCUAAGUUAAGAGAUCCUGAAACUAUAUUUGUAAUGGCAUUUGCCAUAAUUAUGUUGAACACUGACCUACAUACAGCUUCAAUGAAACAAGAGAAGAGAAUGAAGCUUGAAGAUUUUAUAAAAAACCUAAGAGGGAUUGAUGAUGGAUAUGACAUAGAACGUGAGAUGCUAGAAGGAAUGUAUCAAAGAAUCAAGUCCCAAGAAUUUAGAAUUGGACAUGAUCAUGUAACUCAAGUUUUAAAGGUUCAGCAAACUAUGGUAGGAAAGAAGCCUAACUUGGCACUACCUCAUCGUAGAUUAGUUUGUUACUGCCGACUCUACGAAAUCCCUGAUGUAAACAAAAGAGAAAGAGUAGGUGUUCAUCAGAGAGAGGUCUUCCUUUUCAACGAUCUUCUAGUUGUCACUAAAAUUUUUUCUAAAAAGAAAAGCUCUGUGACUUAUACCUUCCGACAAAGUUUUCCUCUUGCUGGUCUGUCAGUGACCACUAAGGAAGUGCCAUAUUACCCAUAUCUCAUGGAAAUUCGCCAGAGAGUCGACAGCAAGCUAUUAAUUACUUUUAAUGCUCGAAAUGAACACGAUCGCUCCAAAUUUUGUGAAGACCUGAAAGAGUCUAUAUGUGAGAUGGAUGAAAUGGAGAACUUGAGAAUUGAGGGAGAGCUGGAAAGACAAAAAGCAUCUCUGAGGGCAUCAAGACCAAAUUCCACUACAGAUAAUCGGGAUUCGGGUGUCGCCGACAUGGAGUUGUUAACAACGUGUAGUACGGAAAAGAAUGGAACCUUAAAAUCAGACUCAACUUUGAAAAGAUCAGCAUUAAGCAAUUCUCUACUGGAUAUUCAUGAAGCUGAAAUUGGUGGGCAGUCAGUGCGACGGGGGAGCGUGGGCUCUCUCGAUUCUGGCAUGUCUGUCUCCUUCCAGUCCACUAGUGCCUCCAAUGAGACUUCUCCAGCCGGUGGUCCUCUGCCAUCACUGUAUUUCAAGUCAUCCCCAGUGGAUCUUCAGCAGCACCCUAACCUUCAUCGGCGUACUUUAACAUCAAACACUUCAUUUCUUGGUCAGCUGUUUCGUCCACGCAGAACUUCGCGUUCUGAUUUAUCCUCAGCUGGAGUGGAGGUCUGACAGUGAUACAAGCAGCCUCUCACUCUCCAUCUUCCUUCACUGGGAAAUGUUGAUAUUAGGCAAAGUCAGGUUGUAUCUUCUAGCCAUAAUCUAGUCUUUCAAGUGUACACAAGCAUUCCAAAUAGAGCACAGUGAAGAUGAUGUGGCCAAAAACAUCAAUUCUGUAAAUUAUCCUGUGUAUCUCAUACUGUGUAUGUGUGCAAAGGUAUCGGUACUUAUGUAAUUAGGUGAACAUUUGAGGAACCAAACAAAUAUGCAGUGCCAUUUAGUCAGAUAUAGUCAAAUAUAUAACCUUGUAUAAAGUAUUAUGUAUAUAAAUCAUGUUAAAUAGUAAUCUGUAAUAUAUAUAUACUUUAACCAUAGUUGGCUGAAUAUGUCCAAGAAUAGAUUUUUUUCUGAUGGUAUUUUAGAGUAGCAUCUGCUAGUCUAAAAGUCAGGAUUUCAUAAGAUUUCCAGAGUAUAGUUAUUAACAUUAUUCAGUUUGUGUACACAACCUUUCAAAUGAAGAGUAAGGUACAGUUUAAAUCAGUUUAAACUGUAUACUUCCCUAUGAAAUUUAUCUCUAGUCAGCACUCUUGAUUUUUAUGUCUUGUAUUUGAUGCUUCAAGGACAAAUUGUUGGACUAACUUGAUAGUGGGGUGUUACAGAUUAUACUUUACUGAUAUCACACACUCACAUCCAACAUUGUACAUAGGGAUAUAUUGUUAUCAUUUCAUCAGCUUGAUUGUACAGGCUGUAUUUCUAUGACAAAAAUAAAGAAUUAUCAAGCAAUAAAA